AAUAAUAAAUAUGUAGGUUACAUAGCCAUGGAGCCAGAAAAACAAUUAAUUAUCGUAGCAUAUAGAGGAACGGAACCAACAAGUAUUAGAAAUUACAUUUCUGACUUCAUCAUUUAUCACGAUACUUGGGAACCUGCACCUGGUACCUUGGUACACCAUGGAUUUCUUAAUGCUUGGAACCAAAUUCAACCCCAAGUUACCGAUGAUCUUUUAAAAUUAAUCCAAGAAAAGCCCGAUUUCAGGAUCGGAUUUAUGGGUCACAGUUUAGGUGGUGCACUUGCUACAUUUUCGGCAUUAGAUCUUAUACAUAAAGCGCCAGAAUUAGCUAAAAAUGAAAAAUUGUUUCUUGCUACAUUUGGUCAACCAAGAAUUGGUGAUGAAAAAUUUGCUAAAUUUGUUGAUGAUAACCUAAAAGUAAUAAGAACUGUAAUUCAUGGUGAUCCAGUUCCUCAAUUGCCUCCACCAUGGCCAAUUCCACUUAUUGGGUCCUAUAAACAUUUUGGUGAAGAAUUAUAUAUAAGUAAUCCUGAUCAAGAUCCAAAUGCCUUUCAGGAAUGUGUGGCUGAAGAUCCAAAUUGUUCUGCAUCGUUAUCUUUUAGUGAUAUAGACCUAAAGUAUCAUUCGGGUCCCUAUUAUGGUGUU